GCCCCACCAAAACGAAAAGAAGCAGACACGUGCUAAAGUAAGGUUAAGUUAGCUGUCAAUUUUGAAUUUAAAACUACAUUUUAAUCCGUAAUUUUAAUCAAAUUGAAUUAAAAAUAAGAUGGUUCACUGUAAAAUACACAAUGUAGGGUUUUACAACCCCGAUCCUAGAGCUAUAUAUUUUAUGGCAAUUCAAAGGGAAUCCAACAGACUGGCUAUUGCUAGAUCAGACGCAAGUAUUGAGAUUUGGAACUUGAGUAAUGUGCCUUACAUUGAACGUACCAUACCCCCUGAUUUAGAAAAUUUCAGUAUUGAGGGUUUAUGUUGGUUGGACAACCGUUUAUUUAGCAUAGGUUUACACGGGUUCUUGGUUGAAUAUGACUUAUAUCAGUUGCUUGUAAAAGAUAAGUGGGUAGUUACUGGCGAGGCAGCUACGUGUUUGGACAUUUUUAAGCAGAAUUUACAGAUAGCAGUAGGCACUGAACAAGGAUACAUUAAUAUAUUUCGAAUAACUGAUAGUGGAGCAGAAUUUGAAAAAUUCUUAGACAAGCAAGAAGGGAGGAUAGUUUGCAUAAAGUUUAACACAACUGGAGAGUUUUUAGUGACAGGAAGCUUAAAUGCUGUUAGAAUAUGGAACAUUAAUUCGGGACAUGCAAUACAUAAGAUGCAGAUAGGCCGUAGUGAAGCUAAUAGAGAUACUAUAGUUUGGUGUUUGGAAGUUAUGGCUGAUUUUACAAUUUUUAGUGGUGAUUCACGUGGGAUUUUAACAUUAUGGGAUGGCAAAGUUGGGGCUCAAGUUGAAAAUUAUCAGCCACACAAGGCUGAUAUAACAGCCCUGUGCAUUUCAGAGUCAGAAGAUUCGGUUUACUGUGCUGGUGUUGAUCCUCUGAUAACCAAUUACGAGAAAGUCAAAGUUGGCCAGUCAUUUAAGUGGGUUAAAUCAAUUCAGAGAAGAAUCCAUGAGCAUGACAUUAGAGCCAUGAUAUAUCACAAAAAUAAACUGUAUUCUGCAGGGAUUGAUAGCUACUUGGCAUGUAGUUUUCAUCCACCAAAAACAUUAGUAAAAUAUCCACCUGUUAUGCAAAAUCAAUGUACUGAGGUUGCAUCUAAUGCAAGGCUAAUAUUAUUAAGGCACUCAAGGCAUAUUGAAAUUUGGUCUCUUGCGGAAACAGAAAGUGCCAAACCAAGUUACAGAGGCAUUGUUGAGUUGAAAACCAAACCAAAGAAACUGGUCACCCUUCAAAGGGUGAACAAAAACUGGUCUGGCGAAGAUGAAGGUGAAGGCAUAUUCUGUAGUUGUAUUUCUACCAAUGGCCAGUGGAUUUUAAUAAGUACACACUCUGGGUUUCGAUUAUAUACAUUAGAAAUAGUUAAGGAAAAACCUAAAAUAACUAAAAUCGAUGAUCUAGAUGAUUGUAAUGUUCCUUGUGUUCAAGCAGCGUUCAAUAACAAAUAUAACCAAUUAGUAGUAGCUCUGCUAGAUGGAAAAAUAGUUAUAUAUGACUUAGAAGACAGUCAGCCCUUUAUCAGUCAAACUAUUCAAAGAAAGGGUUUAUUAGAUGACACAGUAACGUUUUUGACUGUUUCUGAAUGCGGGAAAUACCUCGUGGCAGGUGAUCCGAAUAGUAAUAUAGUGAUAUGGUCGCAUAUACAGGAUGGAUAUUCUAUUGUGUCAAAACUGCCAAAGUAUUCAGUGCCUCUGACAGCAAUAUCUGUCAAUUCUUUGCUUUCUACUGUGGUUGUGGUUUAUGCUGAUGGCAAAAUUAUAGAAUAUGAUAUAAAAAAUAAGUGUUUGAGUAGUCGUAGCCGGAUUUUGGACCGGUAUAUGCCUGCCAGUUGGAAGUCAAGGACGCAUCAUGUUAGAAGUAUCACUUUUGAUCCUAGAAGGCCUGAUGUUAUCUUGCUAGGCGAUGACGGAAAUCUAACAGUUAUAACCAAUGAUAAGAAAUCUGAGGGAAACGAUUUUGAAAAGACUCCAGCAAAAGUUAAGAAAGCCAAUGUUACAAAUGGUAUUGAUUCUGUUGUACCUAAAGUUCAGAUUGUACAAAAAUACAAACACUUGGUUCAUCUAGACUACCUGGCUGGGGAUGAAUUGGUAGUGGUGGAAAUGAACCCUCUAAAUAUAUUGAAGAAAUUGCCUCCAGCUUUUGCACAGAAAUCAUUUGGAACAAAAUAAAUAUAUAUUUUAUGUUUUUA